AUGGUGCCAGUAUUUAAAUUAAGUCUAGAAGAACUCCGCCAGUUUUUAUUCGAUAUAGAGGCGAAUAUAAAUGAUCAAGAAACAGAUUUCAGGAAAUUAAUUCUUUAUUUACUACAGUUUUUGAAAGCCAAAUUGAUUGAAGUUUCUACCCUGAACCGGAAAGAUGUUGAAGAUACAGUAUUGAAGAUUAUUGACACCACUGAACUUGUAUUGAGCAAGAAAUUACACUUGUUAAAUGCGUCUUUAAAGUAUCAAGAGAUUAGGCUGGUUUAUGUACCAAAAACCAAUUCGGGCCUAGUUGCAAUUCAAGAGGUGUUGUUUUAUGAAUGGGUGAUAUCGUUUUUACUAUCACAUAUACCAAAUAUAUGGCGUAAGUCGAACAUACUCAAUCAUUUGAAAAGCCUACUAAUACUGGUGAUCAACUUGGUGGCAACAAAAUUGCAUAGUUUUAAAUUCAUAAAGUUGCUAAGAGAGAAUGUUACUCGUAUAUUGGAGGAGGAUAUUAUGUUUUGCUUGAAUGAUAUUUCGUUUAGUACUGAUCCUACAUAUACCAAGAGGUUAAUUUCCUCAUGUCAUUUGUAUUCUGUUGUCAAUGAUUAUGAUAUAUCGAAAAAGCUAUCGUUAAAUCUUAGCAACCACCAACUAAAGUAUGAGAGCUUUGGAAGAAAAUUAUGGUAUGUGCUUCAGGAAAUGAGUAUUUUGAACUCGGAUGAUUCACUUUAUAUGAUGGACAAUUUGAAAUCAUUGAUUAUUUUGACACAUUUAGAUAACAUUCUUCUCGAUGAGCAACAAACAUGGGGCAAGAUUUCACAGCUAUUGUUAUGGGUUGCAGAGAUACUUGAGCAGGGCCCUGAACAAUUGAGCAAUACUUCCAAUGGGUUUGGUUAUCCAAAUUUGACUAAAUCAGUGUCACUAACCUUGUACAAGAUUUACAUUCUUUGUUCCAAAAAGGAAAUUGUAUCCAACUUUGAUUCAGUUUUGAACAUAGAGGGCCUAAUGGAGAAAUCAUUAAGUGAACCAAUGUUUCCCUUGUCAAUCAAGUGUACUUUGGCAGUCAUACUGAAUCACAUUGAACUUCAUUCAAGCUUGCAAAUAACUAACAAAUUUUCUGUUGACUUUAUGAAUUAUCAAUAUAGUGACACAGAAUUGAACGAAUUGAAAGCUAAAUUAACAACGCAAUCUCACGCUAGUGACCUAAGCUUAGAUUUCGUAGCAAGAGCCGAUUUUGAGUAUCGUGAGGUUGGCAAUUCCAAUAAUGGUGUCAAUGAUGUGAACUGGAUUCGCCACAUUCGAACGUUGAUUAGAAAACACCCCAAGGAGUUAGAAACCGAUGAAACUAUGUACACCCUCAUCACUGCAUUAAGCAACUUCCCUGCUAGAGCUUUUGCAAAGAAUCCAAGUACAUGCACCCCAGAUUCCCUACAAAUCAAACACCUGUACUCAACAAUCAGCAAAGUUAGGCCGCCUCUCAAAAGCACCACUGAGUCGUUGAUUUUAGAUGAAAUUAUCCAAGAGUUUUUUAUCCCCCGGAUGCAACUAUUAAAAUCCAAACCUCUACUUGGUUGUAACUUCUUCCUCAUGAUAUACAACUAUUAUGCCAAUUACCUACCUUUGUUCGACGACGGUCAUGAAAAUUUAUUGGACAAAAUGCUAAACUUCCUUUCAACUCAUCCAAAUAGAAACUUCCGAAUGCUCAUUAUUCGCAUACUACCUUUGUAUCUCAUCCAGGAUACCGAUGAUGUGACACUUGACCGAAUAUUCAAAUUCAUAUUCCAAAGGAUAACAACAAUCGAUUUCAAGUCACCCAAUAGGCGUCAUUUUGGAGAGUCGACUAUUUAUGCAUUAGUUGAGCUAGCUCGUGUUUGUAAUGGUGAGAGAUUAUGUGCCGUGUACUUUAAGCUUGUGGAUUGGCUAGGUGAACCUAAUGAUCAACAUCUGAACUAUGUGUAUUGUGGAUUUUUAGACAUUGCGAACAGUAAGAACCUAUCCGCUUACAAAUUGUUAUCACCUUAUUUGCCUAGCAUUGCCGACAUGAUUAUAAAAAAGGAAAACUUGUUUGAGAAAUUUCUUCUGGUAUUGGGAAUGAGCAGGAAAUAUUUUCUAAACAGAACCAAAGAAUACACUGUGCCGAGGCUAUUGGAAUACUAUAAAGAUCCAACAUUGUUGGUACAAAUUGCCGAGGCUGCAAACAUGUCAAUAAAGAAGCUACUAGCUCAGAACUUGCCUCGAAUACUUGCAUCGUACUUAGUUAAAGACCCACAUAAUGAACGCUACGUUGUUAAGGUGUUGAGUAGUGUUUGCCCCCAUUACAGGCUGGUUUCAAGUGACGAGAUAUUUACCCACAUCGGUGAUAUCACUUGGCAUAUAUUGAUGGAGAUUCAAAUGGAUGAGAGAGAUAAUGUCAGGAACUUGCCCAAUAUUAUAUCUGCAUUGGAGAUUGUGGCUAAGAAUUUGGCGGCUCAAAAGAAUCAAAGAGUUCAAAAGGGAAAGAUGGCAAGUAUGUUAAUUGAGGAGCAGGUGUUGUUGUUGGUACAAAAAUUCAGUGACGUGACUCAUCUGUUGAGAGGUGCCAAACCUUAUUUGGAAAGACGAGCUUCAUUUCGGGCAAUUUUGUACUUGAUCAAGAAUCAUAGCUUGGCAUUGACAUCAGCUUUAGGACAAUUGUCAACUUGCUUACAGGCUACUUUGGAAGAACCGGACUUUCAUGUUUUGACUUUGAAAUGCUGGAAUGAAUUAGUUCAAAAGUUACCGCCGACACAUUUGAUUUCAUUAUUUGAUAUAAUAAUCUCGCUCAUUUUCCAAAAGUUUCAAUCGUUUGGACCUGAAGCACAAGGAAUUGCCAUUGAUAUUUUGAAAAAGAUCUACAAAGAGAUUAAGGACAAGUAUAAUCGUUACUCCCUAUACUACUUAUCAAUUCCCUUUUUGGAUUACAUGUCAGACUUUAGUUUCGUCAAGGAGUUUAAGAAUAUGAAGUCGCCAUCAAGGUUGACGAUCUUUCAGGAAUUCAAUAGACGCCUUCGAACGAGCAACCGAUACGUUGUUGAGCAAGCUUUAUUUGAUCUUUAUAAUUACUGCAAAAAGUUUCAAUUCAAUUGUCAAACAGAUUACUUCAAGGAUCCAGGAUUACAUGAUACAAUAACGGUAUUGGUGCGAACGGUUUUGGAUACUGCCACUCAUUUCAAGAAUAGGAAUCGCAAAAUCACGUCUCAAUGUGCUAAAGCUUUGGCCGUCAUGGGUGCUUUGGAUGCAAACAAGUUUCAUUUCAAAACGGUUGAACAGCUGAUUGUGGUGCAACUGAAUUUUGAAAGUACAAAAGAGAAUGCUGUAUUUUUGGUUGAUUUGAUUGAAAACCAUGUUUUGAACAUAUUUUGGGCCUCAAAUGACCCUCAAAAGCAGUUGUUUGCUGCCUAUGCCAUGCAAAGUUUCUUAACAAUUUUGGAAAUAAGCAAGGAAUCCCUGAAGGAAAACAAUAGCUCUUGGAAUAAGUUUAGUGAUGUUGCCAAAGCCACUUUGACUCCAUUGUUGAGUUCCAAGUAUUCGGCACCAAGGCCCAAAUUAGAACCAAUGGAGUUCCCCUACUACAAACUGGGAAUGAAGUUUGAAACUUGGUUGAUUGACGUCACCUUGUAUUUGUUGAAACGAGCAAGCCAGUACGAUAAGUCAAAGGGUCCCAAUCUGAGACAAUUGAUUUUUCAAACAUGCGCAAUCUUAGUUCAAAAGGAUCACAAUAUUUCCCUUUGUCAACAUCUUUUCAAGUAUGUGGUUCUCAGCCACAUUCUAUGUUUACACCAUGAUGUCGAAAAAAAACUACUUGAAGAGUUUCAACAUUUAUUCCAGCAUGAUACAAAGAUAAUGCCAACAGAUCGUGCUGAGGAGUUGAAGCUUUGCUUUCAGUCGGUGUUUUCAGUAUUUGACUAUUGCAAUGAAUGGAUAUCUGCAACAAGACAAUUUGCCAAUUACCUGGUUUCUCUGGAUGUGACAACUUCAGAUAUGUGGCUUGAUAAAAUAGAGUUGGUCAAAAGGUUUAUUGAUUCUUUUGGUAUGGACUUGAUUGCAAUCAAAUCAGCAGAAUGCGAUUCAUUUGAACGAACGAUUCUUUACAUUGAGAAGUGUUAUCGGGACGGACACAUUGAUGAUACAUCAUUCAAACUUGGUGAAUUGGAUGCUUCAGAGACCUUGCAAAACAUGUAUGCCAGUAUCAAUGAUUAUGACGCAUUGAAUGGUGUAUUGAAAUUGUUUUCAACAAAUAAUGUGAAACAAAAAUUGGCCACAUUUCAAUAUAAUGACAAUUGGAGUUUGGCGUUGGAAUCAUUCAAGGUGUUGGGUACUGGUGAGGACUCUUCAGUGGAAUACAAAACCAAGUUAUUGAAAGCUUUAAAUGAACACGGGGCCUAUGAUGAAGUACUUUCCACUCUUUCUUCAACAACAGAUGCUGGCGCUAUACAACAGAUUCCUUUGGAUUGGUCUUUGGUGGGGUUGAAGUCGGCUGUGUACUCAGGUCAGGUGGACCAAUUACACAAGUGGCUACAAGUUACCGACUCCUUAGGUAAGGCUCAAGAUACCGAGACUGUGGUUAGUUAUGAAUUGGCGAUGUAUUUGCAAAAGUUGUACAAUAACGAAAAGCCUGAUUUUGCGGAGUCAAUGAACAAACUAUAUGAUGUGAUUGGUCUGUCACUUGUUUCGUCAGUAUCGUCGAGUUUCAAUAAGAAUGUCAGCUUGAUGAAUCAAUUACAUUCCUUGCAUGAUAUGGGAGAGAUAUUGUCAUCCAUUGAGCAAAGCGAUAUAUUAAAAGUCCGGUUGAGUAAUGUUGAUCAAGAUUUUGAGACACAGAAUAAAAUUUUGACUAUCCACGGGGUUGCAAAUCACAUAACAAAAAAUGAAAAACAAGUGUCUGAUAUAUUCUUGCUACAAUCUAGUCUCGCACGCGAAAAUGGCAGGCUUGACAUUUCAACUAGAUCAAUAGUCCAUGCUAUGGCUUUGGACAAUCCUGCUGCAAACAUUGAAUUUGCCAAAUUGUUAUGGACAGAGGGUAAACAAUCUGAAGCCAUAAAGACAAUUUCGGAAGUUUUGAGUGGUAGUCAACUUGCUGAUAAUAAAGCUAAAGCCAAAGUACAACUUCAAUACGCCAACUGGUUAGAUGAAUCAAACCAUUUAUCUGCGCACCAAAUUGUUGACGAGUACAAAAGGGCAUUCGAAUUGGAUAAAGAGUAUGAGAAAUCUAGUUAUGAUAUUGGGAAAUAUUUCAACAAAUUGAUCGAGUCUUCUAAAGAUUCAUCUGGAUUUUAUGAACAUUUGACGGUGAGAAACUUUCUUACUGCUGUUUCGAUUGGAUCGCUGUUUAUUUUUGAAGCUCUUCCCAAGCUCAUCACAAUUUGGUUGGAUUUUGCCAAAAGAUCCAACAAGACCAAACCUGCUGAGAGGAAGCUACAACAGAUUAUUCACGAUUUAAGUGCCAGUCUAAAAAGUGUGCCCACGUAUGCGUGGUAUACGGUAAUAACGCAAAUACUUUCUCGAAUUGUUCAGGAUCAUGAGCCUUCGUUCAAAAUAAUGGCUAAUGUUGUGUCAAACAUUAUAAUUGAGUACCCACGUCACAGUUUAUGGUAUGUUCUUUCCCAUAUACAUUCAACUGAUCCAAGAAGAAAGCUUAAAGUGAACACAAUAUUGGAAUCUUUGAAAAAGAGCAAGAAGUCACAUGGGGUAUUGAUAUCGGCGGCGCUGGAAUUAUUUGAAAAGCUUAUUGAGAUUGCAUCUAAGCCAAUUAGCAAAUCUUCUAGAACGAAACAAUUGUCGUUGUCAAAGUAUUUCGGUGUUGAUGAUGCUAGUAAGCCAUAUGAACAAUUAGUCAUCCCAGUGCAAUCUAAUCUUCAAAUUAGACUCCCGUACAAAGAGGUGGCCAAUUAUACAGCAUUCCCCAAGAGUGCAUCGGUCACAUUUGAUGGAUUUGACGAUGUGGUUAACAUAUUUUUUUCGUUGCAAAUGCCGAGGCAAGUUACAAUUCGAGGAUCAGAUGGAAACGCAUACCGAUUAAUGGUCAAGGGUGAUGACACUAGAAAAGAUGCUAAGGUUGUUGAAUUUACUACAAUGGUUAACCGUAUACUUUCCACCAGCACAGAGGCAAGAAAAAGAGGAUUGAAUGUGGCCAAUUACUCCGUGAUUCCAUUAUCGGAGAAGAUCGGAGUUAUCGAGUUUGUUAUGGAUGUUCAAACAAUGAAAGGAAUUGUCAAUGAGCAGAGAAAACGGUUGGGUAAAGUUGUUAAUGAACGCAAGAUCUUUGUGGCAUUGAAUACAGCACAAAAGUUUAUUCAGGAAGGGAAAUCAGAUGAAACCAAGUUAAAGCACUUGGUGCAAUUAUUCAAAUCCAUUGUUCAAAGCAAUGAACCGGUACUCCAUCAAUGGUUCAUUGAACAAUUUUCCGACCCCAGUGCAUGGUAUAUUGCUAGAAAUAAAUUUACUAGAUCAGCGGCAGUGAUGUCGAUUGUCGGGUACUUGGUUGGACUUGGAGAUCGACAUUGUGAAAAUAUUCUCUUCUUCAAAAAUACAGGUGCUAUUCUUCAUAUUGAUUUUGAUUGCUUAUUUGAAAAGGGCAAGACGUUGCCUACACCAGAAAUUGUUCCAUUCAGAUUGACACAAAACAUGGUUGAUGCUAUGGGGAUAUGUGGUGUUGAUGGAAGUUUCCGUAUUUCUUGUGAAGAAACUGGUAAAUUACUUCGAAACAAUGAACAAUCAUUGAUGAAUAUUUUGGAAACAUUGCUUUACGAUCCGUUAUUGGACUGGAAGAAUCAAGACCCACAGAGGGACUUGAUGAAUGUACGAAAGAAGAUCAGAGGAUUGAUGAACGAGGACGAGGGGUUGGCAAUGAAUAUACAUGGUCAAGUUGACGUUUUGAUUCAAGAGGCAACUUCAAUAGAAAGGUUGGCGCAAAUGUAUGGAGGUUGGUCAGCGUACCUCUAA